AACGGUUUUAAAAUAAAUAGCGUGAUAUUACCGGGUUGUAAAUCUAGAGCCGAAACCCCGGUGGCCAUGUGACGUUCGGCGGGGAAGAUGAAAAAAUGGCGGCUUUGAGGAGUAAAACAAGACGAUCGGGAAAAGACGCAUGGGAAUGGAUCGCCAGCGUUGAUUGCAAUGCAAUCACUCAGAAACAUUUAGAAAAGGCCUACAGGAUAUACACAGCUUGUAGUGAGAAAGGGAACCAUAGAAAGAAUUGUAAAUUCAACCCAAAUUGUUUAUCAUGUCUUGGCGAAAAGGUUUGGAUGAAAGAGCUUAAAGAUAGUGUUUGGUGUGAUGCAAUAGAGGAUCCUGAGGAACAAAGACGAGUUGAGGGGUCAUUUGUUGGUUUAAAGAAUUUGGGGGCCACUUGUUAUGUGAAUACAUUAGUCCAGGUGUGGUUUCACAAUGAAGAAUUCCGAUCAGCUCUGUACUCAUGGGUUCCAAUUGACGAUGUUAAAGGUAGUUCAACUGAGGAAAUGAAUAGCAUUGAAGAUUGUGAAAAACAAGAAACUUCAGAACGAUUACUUGUAUCCCAAUCAUGUGACCAAGGGGAUUCCCAGUCAUGUGACCAAAAGGAUUCCCAGUCAUGUGACCAAGAGGAUUCCCAGUCAUGUGACCAAGAGGAUACUGAUGUAAAAAAAUCAGAAAAUUCAACAUCUAAAAAUACCACUACUUCUAAAUUAGUAAACUAUUCAGUUGCCUGCCCUCCAAUUCCCUUAUGCAAACCAUUGGAUGAAAGCAAAGAACCAAAGUCAUUCUGUCAUCAUCUACAAUUAUUACUUGCACAAUUACAAUAUACUUCAAGAAGAUUUGUUGAUCCAGCACCUUUUGUACAGUCUCUUGGGUUGGACAUUGAACAGCAGCAGGAUGCACAAGAGUUUUCCAAAUUAUUUAUGUCUUUGUUAGAAGAUACGCUUUCCCAACAAACCAAUCCAACAGUCAGAAAUAUUAUUCAUCACCAAUUUGGAGGAUCAUAUGUCUACAUCACAAGAUGCAGCAAAUGUGGAAAGCAGUCACAGAGAAACUCAACGUUUUAUGAACUUGACUUGAAUAUUCAGGGAAACACGAAUUUAUCCCAGUGUGUCAAGGAAUUUCUUAAGGAAGAGGAUCUUCAUGGAGACAAUCAAUACCACUGCAGUUACUGCAAGAGUAAACAAGAUGCUACAAGAUAUAUCAAGUUAAAAGAGCUACCACCUGUAUUAAAUUUACAACUUCUGAGAUUUGUUUUUGACAGAAAAACUGGUUGUAAGAAGAAACUGAAUACAUCAAUUUGGUUCCCCGAACUUCUUAACAUGAAGGAAUACGUUGAUGCCGAUAUGGAAGGUUGUGUUUAUGAUCUUGCAGCUGUCCUAAUUCAUCGUGGUCUUAGCGCUUAUUCAGGUCAUUAUGUUGCCCAUAUAAAAGACAAAAAGAGUUGCGUCUGGUAUCGUUUCAACGAUGAGACUACCGAGAAAAUGAAAGGAAAGACAUUGAAUUUGGAUGUUGAAGAAGAAUUGCAUGAAACUAUGAAUGGCGGCGGUACAGCACCGAAAAGACCCAAACUAUCUAAAGGAUCCAGUUCAAAAGAUGCCUAUAUGCUUGUUUAUAGGCAGCGUGGCGAGGAGAAGCAAGCCGUACCGCAAGAACCUCCCACAAAUAUUCAGAUGUUAGUAGCUGAGGAUAACAGUAAGGUGGACGAAUGGGCAAACCAGGUGAAACAAAUUCGAGACAAGAUGACCCUCGUCGGAAGACAGAGACAAGAAGAAAUUCGAAAAGUGUAUGAAAUUCUUCCGGUCCCUGAAGGUGAUACAAGUUAUGAUUGGUUGGCCACAGACUGGUUACGACAGUGGUUAGCUGUUGAUCGCAAAGCUCCUGUUCCUAUCGAAAACUCCUCCUUACUCUGUGAACAUGGAAAGUUACAUCCAGACAAAGUGUUGUGUGCAAAACGAGUCUCGACUAAGGCGGCAUCGUUUCUAUAUAAACGGUACGGAGGCUCUCCUAGACUGCAUAGCGAGAAUUCGUUUUGUUUGGACUGCGUCAAAGAAAGAUGUCGAAGUCUUCAGUUCUCGUCACGUUUAGCUGACGAUCAGAAGUUCUUUGUAAAAGCAUUGAAAGUCUCUAACGAAAGAACUGGGUUUUGGGUCAGCAAGAAAUCGUUGCAAAAAUGGAAAGUUUUAGCGCAGAAAGUUCACGGGCAGCUGAGUCCAAGCGCAUGCUCGUCGCCAUCCGACGAGCCGACGACUAACACGCGACCACCCGAUGAAUCGGCGAAGCAAACGUCGACUAAUUGCGAAACGUCUGACGACACAAAACCGACGCGGCGUGACGAGAGUCCCGAUGUAGUUGAUAUGGAAACAAAUGGUAAAGAAAGGUUUUCUGGGUCAGAUGUGGGAUCAGCAGGGAUAGAUGAUAAAGACAAGUUAAAAUUCAACGAGGACUUGUUGUGUGAACACGGUUGUUUGUCAACGUCGGCGGUUUCAAGGCGACUUGUCGCGGACGAGGUCUGGAAACGUCUUCGCUUCUAUUUCCCAGAGGCUCCCGAAUUUUCUUCUCAGCAAAAUGCCUGUUUAAUUUGUAGUGAAGAAGAUAAGGAAGAGGCGAAGAGACUUGAAGAUUUAAAGGAGUUAGCUUCACAACAAAAGUCUAUUUUAAGUGUCUUGUACAACGAAAAGGAGAGGCCAGAUUUCGAUGAAAAGACCUCUAUAACCGCAUACGCAUUGUCAAGAACAUUUUAUGAACUCUGGAGGAAGUUUAUCAGGACUCCUCCAGCACGAAGAAUUCGUCCCUCGUGUAUUACGAACAAACUCUUAAUCUGUCCACAUGAAAAGUUUCUUUAUCAUCCUCGCUGUGGUGAUAACGAUGGGGCCAGUUCAGCGGUGGUCUAUUUAUGGGCGAUGGAGUGGGAGGUUUUAAGUGAAACCUUUGGUUUCGAUGUGGAAAUAAAAAUUGUCAGUGAUGUUUAUGAAGAGAAUUGUCUUUACUCAAUCACUCCAGAUUGCUGCGUGGAGUGUAAUGCCGCGUUAGUCGCUGAACAUUUUACUGAAGGCGAGGAAUAUGAAAACGCCAACAUCUAUAUUCGUAGAAUAACUGAAGAACAGAAAAAGCAGGAUGUUAAUAUUUUGCUAGAGGAGACUCCCAGUCCAGUGGAAAGUGGUAACGAUGAGGACACUUGUGAGAUUCAGAAAAGACAAGAAAAAUUUUCAGCAGGGAACACGCCUAAGACUUCAAGUCAACCAAAAAGACGGAGUUCGAGACAUCGUAAACAAAGGGGUGAAGUAAUGAUAACUGUGGACUCCAACGAAACUGUGCGCGAUAUCAAGUUGGAAUUAAUGAAGUUGUUCUCCGUGAUGCCGCUGGACCAACAUAUUAGCUUCAAUGGCAAUGUCCUGGAAGAUGAUAACACCCUCGGAACCGCCGGCAUCCGACCCGGGUGUAUCCUCUUAUUAAAAGUGGAUGAGCCGAAGGAAGGAGUGUCACAAGAAGAUCUUUCUGAAGCGUCAAGAAAACCCGAGCUGGGUUUUAAAGGGACAAGUUUGGUAAAACAUCCGUUGACAAUCUAGUAUUCAAAAUACUUUAAUACCUGAAAUGCAGUAUUCUGUUUAAACGAAUAAUUUAAUGGUAACAAAAUGGUAACACAAAUGUUACUAUAGUAGUAAUUAUAUAGAUGGUGUAAAGAUUGUUUAAAGUUUUGAAAUUGAUAGUUUCCGAAAUCGAUUUAUCCCAAACAUUUAUGGAGCAAUAUGCUUGGAGUCGGUUAUUUAUCUGUAAUUUGUUAAUAUUCUUCAAUUAUUAUAUAAUGUAUAUAAGACAAUUAACUAUUAUUGUGAAU